AUGGGUUCAAGCACAGAUGUAGCGCUUUCUGGCACAUCUCUACCAGCACCAAAUGUUCAAGAAAUGGUGAGGAAUAACCCUUUGCAUGUCCCUCAAAGAUACUUCAGAAAUGUAGUUGACAUGCCAAAGGAUGGAGAUACUAGUCAUGGUCGUUCUUCUGAGAUGGUAAAUCAUGAAGUGGCAAGAGAAGUGAUGGAAAGGAUGAAGGAUUCUGCGGCAAAGUUCUUCAAACUUCCCUUGGAAGAGAAGAACAAGAUUUCUAUGCCAUUAGAUGAAAUGCAAGGCUAUGGGCACUCCUCUGUGGUUUCUGAAGACCAAAUGCUGGAAUGGUCUGACAGACUUACACUUGCCGUUCACCCAUCCAAGUACAGAAAUCCCAAGGUUUGGCCACCAACACCAUUCAAGGAGGCUAUCGACACAUGCAUAUACCAGUGA